AUGCUGGUGGCUCCAGCGAGAAAGGUGCAUUGCUCACUGCAGCAAGGCGUGAGCUCACUGCAGCAACGCGUGAGCUCACUGCAGCAAGGCGUGAGCUCACUGCAGCAACACGUGAGCUCACUGCAGCAACGCGUGAGCUCACUGCAGCAAGGCGUGAGCUCACUGCAGCAAGGCGUGAGCUCACUGCAGCAAGGCGUGAGCUCACUGCAGCAAGGCGUGAGCUCACUGCAGCAAGGCGUGAGCUCACUGCAGCAACGCGUGAGCUCACUGCAGCAAGGCGUGAGCUCACUGCAGCAAGGCGUGAGCUCACUGCAGCAAGGCGUGAGCUCACUGCAGCAAGGCGUGAGCUCACUGCAGCAACGCGUGAGCUCACUGCAGCAAGGCGUGAGCUCACUGCAGCAACGCGUGAGCUCACUGCAGCAAGGCGUGAGCUCACUGCAGCAAGGCGUGAGCUCACUGCAGCAACGCGUGAGCUCACUGCAGCAACGCGUGAGCUCACUGCAGCAACGCGUGAGCUCACUGCAGCAACACGUGAGCUCACUGCAGCAACGCGUGAGCUCACUGCAGCAACGCGUGAGCUCACUGCAGAAUGCAGCAACGCGUGAGCUCACUGCAGCAACGCGUGAGCUCACUGCAGCAAUGCGUGAGCUCACUGCAGCAACGCGUGAGCUCACUGCAGCAAGGCGUGAGCUCACUGCAGCAACGCGUGAGCUCACUGCAGCAAGGCGUGAGCUCACUGCAGCAACGCGUGAGCUCACUGCAGCAACGCGUGAGCUCACUGCAGCAAGGCAUGAGCUCACUGCAGCAAGGCGUGAGCUCACUGCAGCAAGGCGUGAGCUCACUGCAGCAACGCGUGAGCUCACUGCAGCAACGCGUGAGCUCACUGCAGCAAGGCGUGAGCUCACUGCAGCAACGCGUGAGCUCACUGCAGCAACGCGUGAGCUCACUGCAGCAACGCGUGAGCUCACUGCAGCAACGCGUGAGCUCACUGCAGCAACGCGUGAGCGUGCGCAACGAUUUGACAGCGCACUGCCGCAACAAGGCUGCCGCAGGAAUUUGCCAGCGCCGCAAAAAAGGCAGCAGCGCACAAGCCGCCAGCACGCAACAACGUGCCAGCGAGCUGCGAGGGCACCUGCAAGGCGCCAAACAUAA